CUCCGAGCGGGAGAGGGCGAUGGGGUCCGACGUCCGUUUCGCCGCCGUGGCCGCGAAGGGCUCGAACCAACGCGAUAGCGACUAUGCCAGGUCCUUCCUGCCAUGCAGCAGCUUUAGCGCGUCAUCGGUCUCCUGGCUGGCGCAGUGGCUUCUGGUCGAGGCGGUCGCCGCGACGCGGCCGCUGUCCAUGGCGGAGCUGGGGCGCGUCAGCGAUUGCAGCCCAACGCGAGAGCAAGCCGGCUGCUUCGAGCGCGACGCGGACGCGGUGGGGCCCGAGACCGAGGCCAGUCGGCUGUUCCUCCGCAGCUACCUCGCCAGGUCUGAUAAGGGCAGCAGCGACGUGCGCCUCGACGUGAAUUUGCCGUGCCGGCCCAUGGGCUGGCCCAGAUCGUCGCCGUGCCCUUCCGCGCGGCGGUGGCGCGCGGUGCUGAGCAUGGCUUGGCCAAAGCACCAGAGCGCCCACAUCGACGCGAGGGAGCUGCCAGCGGCGCUCGCGGCCCUCCGCUGGAGGUCGCGCGCAGCGCGCCGCCACUGCAGCCGCUGGCCCCACCUGGUAGACAGCGAGGCCGUCGCGGCCGCCAUCGCGAAGGGCAGGGGCAGCAGCAUCCGCCUCCAGCCCACGUUGCGGCAGUGGGCCGCGGUCGUUGCCGCCGCCGACAUGAGUCCGCUGAUCGGCUACAUCGCGUCGGAGAACAACCCGGCCGACGAACCGCCGCUCGCGGAGACCGCCAGUGACGGGGCGCGACCCGCGUGCCCAUUUGUUGACGCCUUUCCGCGCGGGACUGACGGCAGGCGGCAUGUUGCAGCAGGCGACGAUGCGGAUGAGUUUGUCGCCAACUUCCUCGAGGCGCUCUGGGCAGCAGGCGCUGGGAUAUCUGCGGCGAGCAACACUGUCGCAGGCGUGGCUUUCCUCUGCCCUUCCCUGCGCAGGAAGCUCGACUUGUCCUGGGUGCUUCUGCGGACGCGGCGGAAGCGGGAGCCUGCGCCGCGCGAGCCCCCGCUGACCGCAGGGCUCGCGGGCGCCAUGGCGGGCCUGGCGAUCGAGGCCGCGGCCUUUGAUCUCGCCUGCCUCAUCUCGGCCAGUUUCGAAGCGAUGCUGCGAGGGGGAGAAACCUUCAACCUCGUGGCAGGCGACGUGCGUGAUCGAGGUUCGUGCAUCGUGCUUCGCGGCGGCAGCAGUGAGACCACCGCAGGCAUGGGCGCUGCGGAGGCUGCUGUCGCGCGGUCGAGGGCCUGCUUGCCCCUGCUGCGGCGCGUCGCGGCAGGCCUCCCAGCGAAGCAGCGGCUGGCCGGGCGCUCGCCCGACCAAAUGGGGGCUGGCCUCCAGCGAAUGGCCGAGGCCCUCGGUUUCGCGGGCCUCUUCAGCUGGCACAGCUGCCGCCGCGGCGGCGCGAGCGACUUGUUUUGCCGCGCGAGUUCGAUGGGGCAG